CCCAAAUUCUUCCACCAGUUAAAACAAGCAAAACAGCAGCUACCAGCGCCAAGCCGACAAUAAUAUCUCCAAGCCCGAAAUUUUCUAUUACCGGUCACCGGAGAGCCAUGGCCAUCGCAGCGGUCGCCGCCGUGGCCUGGCCGUCGUCGACGGUGGCUUUGGCGCGAAAACUGCCUAAAUGCGCUUUCAAUUCUUUCAUCUCCGCCUCCUAUUCUUCUUCUCCUUCUCCUUCGCCUGCGGCGAGGAAGCUCGUCUUCUAUUCCAAGCCCGGUUGCUGUUUGUGCGAUGGCCUCAAAGAGAAGCUCCAAGCAGCCUUCCUGAUUUCCGGUCCGGACUCUCUGGGGGACGUCGAUUUGCAGGUUAGGGAUAUAACGAGCAACCCGGAGUGGGAGAGAGCUUACCAGUACGAGAUACCCGUGCUGGCCAAAGUGCUCUCUGAUGGUUCUGAGGAAAUUUUGCCUAUAUUGUCUCCUCGCCUUGGAGUGGAGCUCAUCCAAAAGAAGAUAGCCGCUGCACUGAAACAAUGAGAUUUGCUAAUACUCCAUUUAUGGAGACUUGAGUAUCGAAUGCACAAUUUGUUUCACAGGUCUUAUUCCUUUGCUGAUCCUUAAUCAUGCUUAAUUUCUGUGCCUUCGCCCCUCGACAAAGUGGUAAAAAUUUUAACGUUGGUUCCCUUAAUUGUUAUUCAGUUCUUAAUCCUUAUACUCCUUCCCCUAGUGUCCAUUAUGUUAGAUUUCACAACAUAUUCUUGCUGGGUCAAAAUUUCAGUCUGAAGAUGUUUUGUUUCCGUACUUUAAUCCUGGUACUUUUUAGGCGUGUUGCCCCCUGCCAAUGCAGGAAGGCACUCAUACCUCUCGCAUAAACAGCAUGUAAGUCAAAUAGAAUGGCGGACGACUAUCCUGUGAAUUGUACUUUUUACUCUGUAGGAUUCUUUGCGAAGGCUUCUGUCUCCGCAUCCUGUACUCCUGUCUUAGAUCGCCCCCAAAAUAAGAAGAGUAGCACAUUGAAACAA